AUGGAGGCUCGCAAGGUAGUCGAGGGCGUCCAAGGCAUCAACGGAGGCCAAAUCACCUUGGGCACUCUUCGCUUGACCGACUUCCAUCUCGUCUUCUGUGCCCCCGCACCCAAUUCCCAAAACGACCCCUCGCAGCGACCAAGGACGCGAGAGAAAUGGAUUCCCUACCCCAUCAUCUCCAACUGCACAUUUCGACCCGUCCACCCGGCCUCGAGACAGCUCCCGGCCAUCCGCAUCAGGUGUCGCGACUUCUCCUUUGUUACCUUUAACAUCCCCGAUGGAGAUGCCGCCCGCGAGGUGUUCGACUUCAUCAAGGCGCGCACGUGCAAGUUGGGCACCGUCGAGAAGCUCUACGCCUUCAACCACAAGCCGCUGAAGCACGAGAAGGAGGUCGACGGCUGGCACCUUUAUGAUCCCAAGGCUGAGUUCAGGAGGCAGGGCAUCAGCGAGAAGCUCCCCGACAGGGGCUGGCGAAUUACCACCAUCAACAACGACUACUCCUUUUGCGACACAUACCCCGCCUUCCUCGUCGUCCCCUCCAAGAUAUCAGACAACGUCCUCAAAUAUGCCCGAGAGUUCCGCUCCCGCAACCGUGUCCCUGUCCUCUCUUAUAUCCACCCCGUCAACAAUUGCACCAUCACCCGCUGCUCCCAGCCCCUUUCAGGUAUCACCCGAAAGGCAAACGUACAGGAUGAGAAGCUCGUCGCCGCCUCCUUCUCCGCAUCGGUUCGGGGCAGCUCACAGGACAACACUCCGGUCACCAGCCAACAGGAUGUGCCUGAGGGCGAUGUCUCGCCUGCUGGCCUCGACUUGUCGGAGACGGAACGCCUAGAAGACGAGCUCAUCUCGAAGUCCAUGGUCAUGUACGAUGAGGCUACCGGCAAGCGUCUUGUGUACGGAGCGCAGCAGACAAACCUGAUUGUGGAUGCGCGCCCUACCAUCAACGCCAUAAUGAACCAGGUUCAGGGCAUGGGAUCCGAGAACAUGGACAAGUACAACUUUGCCUCCAAGAUCUUUCUCAACAUUGGAAACAUUCACGUCAUGCGCAGCUCUCUGUCCAAGGUUGUCGACGCUCUCAAGGAUGCCGACCUGUCACCGCUGCCCCCAAAUCGGGAGCUGCUUCAGCAGAGCAACUGGCUCAAGCAUGUCCAUGACGUGCUCGACGGAUCUGCCAUCAUUGUGCGCCAGAUUGGCAUCCAACACUCACACGUCUUGAUCCACUGCUCCGAUGGCUGGGACCGGACUAGUCAACUCAGCGCGCUUGCCCAAAUCAUGCUGGAUCCCUACUUCCGCACGUUGGAAGGCUUUGUCACAUUGGUGGAGAAGGAUUGGUUGUCGUUUGGCCACAUGUUUAGGCUACGUUCCGGGCAUUUGAACCAUGAGGACUGGUUCACGGUGCAGAAGGACUCGUACGCCGGCUCCCGAGCCCAGCCGGGAGAGAACGACGAUCGUAACGACGCUCUGCAGAGCAUGUUUAGCGGAGCCAAGCGCUUCUUCAACCAGAACCCCAAAGAGGAGGGCGACCUGGAAGCGAUCAGCGAGGUGGCGCCCGGCAAGGUGGCCAACGACGAGGCCACGACCCCCAGGAUGGUCAGUCCCGUAUUCCAUCAGUUCCUUGACUGCGUGUACCAGCUCCAGCGGCAGCAUCCCACGCGCUUCGAGUUUAACGAGCGCUUCCUCAGGCGUCUCCUCUACCACCUCUACUCAUGCCAGUACGGAACGUUCCUGUACAACUCGGAAAAGCAGAGGAAAGACGCUCGCGUGGCCGAAAGGACAUCAUCCGUCUGGGACUACUUCCUCUCCCGUAAGGCCGAAUUCACCAACCCCGACUACGACGAAACGACAGAUGACCAUGUCAAGGGCAAGGAACGCAUAAUAGCGCCGGAUCUUUCGAAGAUACGGUGGUGGUACCAAUUAUUCGGUCGAACAGACGAUGAGAUGAAUGGGGCUCUCGAUAUGGCGGCGGCUGCCGCCCUUGACCGUGAGGCAGCUAUAUCAAGUUUACGCACAGAGGGGGGUGCCAUCUCUGCUGCUGCCACAGGUGCGUCGAGCCCGCAGCCUCCUACCCUGCCAUCCAGCCAGUCCGUCCUGACGGCUGUGGAGUCGGCCCACAAGACGCUCACACCGGAAAACCGGGACGCAACCCUGCGGCGGAGCGCAUCCGUCGAGGGGACCAACCUCAACGCGCUGGCGGCUCUGCGGGACGGCAUCGCAGGACUAGGUCUGGCCGGAAGGGGCGUCCUGGGUAACUUCGGAGGGCAACGAGCCAGCAGUGAGCAGCCCCAGCAAGAGAGGGAGACGGCAGCUCGUAGCGACCAGGAGCUGCGAGAGAUGGCGUAG